GUCGUGGCGUUUCCUUAUGAAUAUUCAUUUUUUGGUCUCUUUCAGAAGCUUGCUUAUUCAUUCGAGGUUUUUUCGAACACGCGCGUUUCAUACAGCUUCACCGCCAGACGACUAUAUACUAGCUACCACGAUGUCUAGGAUAGACUCGUUGACUUCUAGACUAGGCUGGUCGAUUUGAAAAAUACUGGUGAAUCACGCCUAUUUCAAGGUUUCCAUUGCCUUCACGGAACCUCAUACAUCUUCUCACUCUAUCUUAGUUUUUUUAUUUGAGAGAUUAACGAAGAAAGCAGAACGUCCUAGGUAAAAAAAUUAUCAAAGUUCGUGAAUAAGCGAUAUUUUCAUUUCUGUGGUCGUUUUCUCCAUGAUUGAUGUUGUAAAAAAAGUAGGUUCAUAUUUAUAUUAUCGUCAUACUUACAGUAUUUCGUUUUCUCAAUCGUCUUGUAUUUGCACCCUUUUGCAAUUCUUAGUAUUUGUAAGUAUCAGAGAUAUUAAUCAUAGAAGUCUUUUUGGCUAUAUUUUUCAGUCUUUUCAUCUGAGUACCUCGACUAGCUGCAUCUCUUGCGGAUAUUUGAAAC